AUGGAAACAGAAAAGGAAGUCAAUGUUUGGGGAUCGAAGGGAGUUAGAAAGAAGCGACAAGUUGUCGAGGCCAGUGAGGAGAUGAAGAGAAACAACAAGAGGAGCAAGAACAUGACUAAGAAGGAGGGGAUUGAAAUGGAAGAUUCAAAUGAUAUUGAAAGUAGAAGAGACUGUGAUGGAUAUAGAUAG